AUGGCCUCCCUCGUCGUGAAGGGCCUCACCUUCCUGGCCCUGGGCGCUGCAGUGGCUCACGCUCAACUAUGGGAUCAGACCAUUCAAACUUCAUACGGUCCCGUCGAGGGUUUUCAAUACUUCAAUCAAUCCACUCUGGAGAAGUACUUCGGCAUCUCCGAUUCCAAUGUGACUGCGUUUUUGGGGGUUCCCUUCGCCGCUGAUACUGGCUACCAGAACCGCUGGAAGCCGCCGCAGCCUCGCGAGCCGUGGAACAACACCCUGAAAGCUACUAAUUUCGGCCCUGCAUGCCCCAGCAAGGGUACCGACAACAUCAGCGAGGAUUGCUUGAGUCUCAACCUUUGGACCAACGCUGGUUCUCCAGAUGCCAGACUCCCCGUUAUGGUGUGGAAUCAGGGCUCCGACGAGACUAGCAAUGACACCUGGUGGUACGGUGGUGGUAUGGCCUUGAAAGAUGUCAUCCUCAUCACCUUCAACCGCCGUGACGAUGCCUUUGGUUACCUUGCUCACCCGGAGCUCAAUGAGGAGGGAUACCAGACCACCGGGCACAAGACCUCCGGCAACUACGGCAUCCUCGACCAGCUGGAAGUCCUCAAGUGGGUUCAGAAGAACAUUGCCAAAUUCGGUGGUGAUCCAGACCGGGUGACUGUCGCCGGCCAGUCAUUUGGUUCUUCUCAGGUCUACCACGCGGUCAACAGCCCGCUCUUCACGGGUUACUUCCAUGGCGGCAUCUCACAAUCGGGUAUCAGAUACCCGUACGACACUAUGCUGGCUGGUCUAGCCACCUCCUACGUGAACAUGUCGACUGCCAUUCAGCAUGGAGUCAACUACAUCACGUCCCACAAUGUGUCGACUAUCGCCGAGCUACGCACCCUCUCGAUGGAGAGUCUUUUAAUCGGCUCGCAGGACCGCGUCGGCAAUGAGUCCAUCUGGUGGGUGACCGCACUGUCGGCCGGCUACCCACUCAUCUUCAAGCCCGUGCUGGACGAUUACGUUCUUCCCAAGAAGUACAUCGAGACCUUGAUGGAGGGCCCGGCCAACGACGUCCCCGUCAUCACUGGCAACACCAAAGACGAGUCUGGCGCGUCUCCAACUACCGACUACACCCUGGCUGAGUACGAGUCCUACUGCACACUCAAGUACGGCAAUCUGUCGAGCCGCUACUUCCAGCUCUACCCAGCCCAUCAGAACCAGACCAUCGCGGACCAAGCCUGGAAUGCCGCGGCCCGGGAUACCUCUCUCAUCGGCUCAUGGGCCUACGCCACAGACUGGUACAAGGCGGCUGCCUCCCCCUUCUACACCUACUACUGGACUCACGCGCCGCCCGGCCAAGACCAGGGAGCAUUCCACCAGUCGGAAAUCAUGUACGCGCUCAACGCUCUCUACGCCAACGCUGAUACCUACCCCUUCACCCAAGCGGACUAUGAGAUUCAAGAGAAGAUGUCGUCGUACUGGGCCAACUUUGCGAAGACGCUGGAUCCGAACCAGGGUGGCUCUUACACUGGGAAGGGUGCGCUGCCGCGCUGGAGCCCCAACAGUGCGAAUGGCACCCAGGCGGUGAUGGAGCUGGGCAACUCUUUUGGACGGGUUCCGAUUGCGAAGCCGGCGCAGGUCAAGCUCAUUAUGGACUACUUCCACCAGCAGGUGCCCUAUUAG